UAUCAUGGACAGGUAGUUGAAGAGUGUGAUGUAAUCAUUUUCGCAGUGAAACCUCAAAUACUUAAGGAAGUAAUCUUGGAUUUACGGCCACUACUUUCACAAAAUAAACUUCUUCUGUCACUUGCUGUGGGACAUAAAUUGCAAUCUCUACAGGAAUGGGUCGGUCAUGGUCGGUUUGUUAGAGUAAUCCCUACUACUGCUUCUGUCAUUGGUGAGGCAGCUACUGUUAUGCACUUGGGAGAAGCUGCAACAGAAAACGACGGAGAGCUAAUAGCAGAUCUAUUUGGAGCUGUUGGCAAGGUGUGGAAAAUGGAUGAGAAAUUGUCUGAUGCUGCUGCUGCUGUCGGCGGUGCUGGUACGGCAUUUGUAUAUAUAGCAAUAGAAGCUAUGGCUGAUGGAGGUGUAGCUGCAGGCUUACCACGAGAAAUUGCUUUGAGUCUUGCUGCUCAAGCUGUAAGUGGAAACUGUUAUGUAUAUCUUAAGAAUCUAGUGGUACGUUUGUAUAACCCCUCACUAGAAUGUAUGUUCUGUGAAUCCAAAGUAGAAGUCUGAGCUUUUUAGCUAUCUCAUUUAAGGCCUUGAAUUGUUUUCA